AUGUGGAAGGAGGUUCGGUCUGCUGAACAGAAUGGAAUUAUUGUCCGUUACAACGUCAGCUAUCGGGCAGUCCUUGAAAAUGGAUCUGGUGGGGCUAUUGUGUAUAAGUUAAUUGAUGCUCCUAAACUGUACGUGAACCUGACCGGCCUAACAAAGGAUAUGCAUUACAGUAUCAGCGUUUUGGCAUCCACAAUCAAAGAACCUGAGAAACCCCCUCAAUCAGUCACGGUGACGACAAAGGUCAGCAGUAGUAUCGAGGUAAAAUGGGAGGCGGUUCCUAAAGAUUUUAGGCGUGGUAUCAUUACGGAGUACAUUAUACUUUACAAUUAUGCCAGCGAAGGAGAGCCAUCAGAAAAGAACGUGUCAGGAGAUGCGCGGCAAGCGGUUGUUGGAGGACUCAAGCAAUCUACUAAAUAUUCAAUCCAAAUUUUGGCUGCAACUGUGAAGGGAAGGGGUCCACCAAGUGACCCUAAAUUUGCUACAACCAAAGACAAGGAUGAAGAAACUUCUGAAUUUCCAUUCCACUUUAUCUGGGGAUCGGUUGGUGCCUUUGCAGUACUCGUUUGUGUUGUGUUAAUCGCAAUUGCUAUCAAACGAAUCAGGAGAAAGAGGAAAGAUUCUUUGGUUAUGGAGAGAAACAACGAGAAUAAUAUUUCCAUGCUGGAAAUUACACCGGGCAUCAUGAAUCAGCUGAGAGAUCAUGGCCAGCAGAUCCCUAUAGAAGCGCCAGCAGAAGUGCCAAACUCAGGGGCAGAAGAGGUUGUGGUUGUUGACAAUGAGACAUAUCUAAAUCAAAUGGAUAUUGACAGAAACUGGGAAAUUCCUCGAGAAAGACUGGAAAUUUUAGAAACGAAACUUGGUGGAGGAGAGUUCGGAGUCGUCAAGAAGGGAAACUAUUUGAGAGUAGAUGGGAACAAAUUACCUGUCGCUGUUAAAAUGUUAAAAGGUUAG